AUGAGCGGGCAGACAGCCGACACGGCGACGACAGCGGCAACAGCAGCAGCCACGGCGUAUCAUGGCACGCCGCCGUGGAUGCACCACGUCAGCGUGGCGGCGGCGGUGCUGGGCCCGAUCGGGCUGCUGCUGCCGCCGCGACGGAUGGGGGCGCGCAGCCUGCUGCUGGCGGGCGGGGCCUUUUUUGCGUCGUCGCAGCUGACGUACGACUACACGGGCCAGUCGAUCUGCCAGCGGUUCCAGCGGCGAAUGAGCGCGAUGACGGACUCGGACCUGCCAGCGGCGGCGGUGCAGCGACAGGCGGCGAUGCGGGCAGAGCGAGAACGGCGGCGGCUGGCGACCGAGACAGCCGAGACAGCCGAAGCGGGCAGCGAGGCGCAGCCGGGCACGCUGCACAAGAUCUGGAUGGGCAGCGAGAAGGAGGACUGGACCCGGGAGCGGGCACGGCGCGAGAAGGAGGUGCUGGAAGCAGGCGGCGGAUACUGGGAGCUGAUCGUGGAACAGAUCGGCGACGGGCCGCGGAAGCAAGCAAGCCAGCCCUGCCAUUUCCCAGCAUCUCGCUUGGCCAUGUCCCGUUCCUACGCCGACAACUACGUGUCCGGGGCCCUUCCACUGCCACCGUACCAGCGCGACAACAACAGCGCGCAGCGGCCGUCACAGCAGCAGUGGCACCAGUCGUCAUCGGCCGACAGCUACUCGGGCACGACGGUGGUGGGUGGCAGCAGCACGCCGGUCGGAGCGAGCACGUCCAACCUGUCGCCGUUUGACACCGUCUUUGACGACCACAUGUAUCCGGCCGGGACAUACCAGCAGCAGCAGUCGCUGCCAGGCCAGCAGCAGCAGCACGAGCCGGACACGGCGUAUUACGGAGCACGGCGGACACCGUCGCAGGAAAACAUGCUGCAGGCCGUGGACGGGAUUCCACUGCGUGAUCGAGGGGGCGGCGGCAUGGACUCGCCGGACCAUGUGUACGACAUUCCACAGGGCGGAACGAGCAAACACAAGCAGCAGCAGCAGCAGCAGACGAGCAAGGGACCGGUGCGAUUUGGCGAGCUGGGCAUGUUUGGAGCGUCACGGCGACGGAUUCCGUACGUGGUCUACCUCCUGACGACGGUGCAGGUGGCCGUGUUUAUUGCCGAGAUUGUGCGCAACGGGAUCCUGACCGGGUCACCGAUCAUGAUCCACCCGUCGUUCAACGUGAUGAUCGGGCCAUCGACAUACGUGAUGAUCAACAUGGGCUCGCGCUUUGUGCCGUGCAUGCACAACGUGGCGGGUGUGCAGUCGGCGACCGAGACGAUCAGCUGGCCGUGUCCCAACACGACAACGUCCGACGCGCUCUGCACGCUCUCGCAGCUGUGCGGCUUUGGCGGCGUGCCCGAGCCGGCGUACGACGGCAAUGCCGACCAGUCGCCCCAGCCGGACCAGUGGUUCCGCUUCAUCGUGCCCAUGUUCAUGCACGCCGGCCUGAUCCACAUCGGCUUCAACAUGAUGCUGCAGCUGACCAUGGGCCGCGACAUGGAGCGCGCCAUCGGUUCCAUCCGCUUCUUCAUCGUCUACAUCUGUUCCGGCAUCUUUGGCUUUGUGCUCGGCGGCAACUACGCCGCCACCGGCAUCUCGUCCACCGGCGCGUCCGGCGCGCUCUUUGGCGUCAUCGCCCUCACCCUGCUCGACCUGCUGUAUUCGUGGCGCGAUCGGCGCAACCCGGUCAAGGAUCUCAUGUUCAUCUUUCUCGAUGUCCUCAUCUCCUUUGUGCUCGGCCUGCUGCCCGGCCUCGACAACUUCUCCCACAUUGGCGGCUUCUUCAUGGGCCUCGCCCUCGGCGUCUCCGUCCUGCACUCGCCCAACGCCCUGCGCCGUCGCGUCGGCGAGGAGAACGCCACCUACGCCGCCGUCAAUGCCACCUACACGUCGCCCACCGCCUCUGGCGUCGCCGCCUUUGUGCGCAACCCGCUGGCUACCUUCCGCAACCGCCGCCCGCUGUGGUGGGCCUGGUGGCUGCUGCGCGUCGGCUUUGUCGUUCUCGUCAUCGUCCUCUUCGUCCUGCUGCUCAAGAACUUUUACGUCUACCGCAAGACGUGUGGCUGGUGCAAGUACCUCAGCUGUCUGCCCGUGCACAACUGGUGCAACAUUGGCAAUCUGCAGCUGACCAACACGACGACAAAGCGCGACGUCUUGGGGCUCUCCCGGUUCGCAACGUUUGUCUGA